AUGCAAAUCGUUAUUCUUCCCUACUGUUCUUUUCAAGACCAAUACCUGUUUCUCCAGCAGACCCGAAACCGAAAAUGUCCACUUUCCAACCCCACGGCCUCAUCAGGACUCCCCUCCAAGAAGCACUACCAAGAUGCCUAUCUCGUAGCCCCAUCCACAGACUACGAAAACCGAGCACUUCUCAAAGUCCUUCUCUACACGCAGCUCUUCACCGCCGCAGAGAACUAUGUCGUGAAUUUUCAGCAGCAGUCCGCUGAUAUUGUGCUUAGUCAUUUCGGAGACGGCGGUUUUAAGCCGAGGGCGCUGUGUUUUGCUAGAUGUGAUGCUGGGGACUCAGGGCUGAGGGAGUUGGAAAGUAGGGCGAGGGAGGUUUGUGCGUUGUGUGUUGGGGAGGUCGGUGAGGUGUUUGCGGUUACGAUGGUUGGUGUGGGUGUUAGGAUUUGGAGGUAUGAUUGUGUGAAGGGGUUGGUACCUUCUUGGGGUAGAGAGGGGAAGGAUGGAUCAUAUGGGAAGCGAAGUUUUGAAGAUGAUGACUUGAGUCAGUAUAGAGAUCUUGGAGAUGAAGCGGAGAGGGAACUGCUUGAGCGUCUGUUUGAGAGUAUGAAGGGGAUUCAACCAGAUCUUCUUAAUCAUGAAUGA